CACAAGCGGGUUUGAUUCCCGGCGAAAUGUGAUCCUGCAUUUGGCCCUUUAAUAGAAAUUAGGGAUAAACCUAGGGACCGGGGAUCCACGUCAAGGAGGCACUGACUCCUGACCUCUCUCUACGUGCACGAGAGACACGGGGAACAUGAGUUAUACCGGACGAUAUUACAGCAUGACACGUUGAAAGAAGAGGAAUAGUAAGAACAGGCUACAGUCAGAAAGUUAAUGAGAAUAGCAGCGGAGAGGCGUGAUGUGAUUUACCGGGCCAAUUUACUACGCGAGGAAAGAGCGAGAGAGAGAGAGAGACUACAAAGUCACAAGGUCCGGGUCAGUCGGUUACCAGGCGACAGGGUCCGUCCGUCGGGCAGCGGUGCGGUCAACAUGUCGGACGUCUUGGAGACGUCGGGCAGGCCGGGUCCAGGCUCCGUAGUAGGAGCGGGUAGCGUGGAUUGGCAGAAGCGUUGCGUUGCCCUGGAGAUGCAGCUGCUCAGGUUUCGUCUGCAGGCGGGGAAGAUCCGAGAGCUGCUGGCCGAGAAGAUGCAGGAGUUGGAGCUGAGGGUGACAGAGUCUGACAAACGGGCUGAGAGUGCUGAGAAACAGAUCCAUGUCAUGGAAGAGAAGCUGAAAUAUGCAAACGUACAACCCAGUGAAUCAGAGAACUCAGUGUUCAGAAGGUACCAGGAGCUGACCAAUCAGGUGCAGGAGAAAGAUGCAGUGAUAAAGAGAUUAGAGGUGCAGCUGGAAAAACAGAUCUUAGUCAGAGCCCAGGAGGCUAAGAUCAUUGAGGAGAAGGCUGCUAAAAUCAAAGACUGGGUUACGUUUAAGCUACGAGAGAUGGAGAUUGAGAACCAGCAGCUGAAAUGGUCCAAUCUGAAGCAGGCAGAACAGAUGAUGAUGCUGCAGGACAAACUGCAAGCUCUCCUGGAGAAGCCUUUAUCUCCCCUCCCCCCCACCUGUCCUUCCACAGACACCCACCAGGUACCCUCCAGCCCUCUGUACCCCUCAUGCUGUCCUGGGACCCCACCUGUCCAGGAGGAGACAGGCUGGGGGAGACAGACAGGUCCAGGGGACAGAGUAGAGCAGCCCUGUAAACCCAGAGGAGACAGAGGAGACACAACAGGCCACGGCACUGUGACAGUAACCCUGCCAGACACUCCCUCUCUGGGCAGCAAGGGCAGGGAGGCUGGGGCUGGACCUGCUAGUCCUGUUCCAACCACUGGAGGUCAGGACCAACCACUAGGUAGCGCUACUCCCAGAGAUCACUCCUCGGAUGAGCUCAACAGCAGGUUCCGCUCCCAACGUCUCCACUCUUCCUCCUCUUCCUCUUCCUCCUCCUCAUCUUCCUCUGCCUGUGAAACAACCCACGGGGGUCCCAGGACCCCUGAUAUCCCUACCUCCACCUCCACCCCCAAAAACCCUCUCCUCUGCCGCUCUCCAUCUAACUCCCACCCCUUCCAGACCCACGCCCAGCCCCUGGCACUACCCUCCCAUACUGGGACCAGCAUGACCCUACCCAAGGUGCGGACGCCUCUGACCCCACGAGACAGCAUUCAGCUGGUGAAGAAACACUACAGUCAGCCCCAGUCUGGAGGUGUGGACCGGUUGCACCACCUCAACGUCUCCAGUCAGCCCCAGUCUGGAGGUGUGGACCGGAUGCACCACCUCAACGUCCCCAGUCAGCCCCAGCCUGGAGGUGUGGACCGGAUGCAACACCUCAACGUCCCCAGUCAGCCCCAGUCUGGAGGUGUGGACCGGUUGCACCACCUCAACGUCUCCAGUCAGCCCCAGUCUGGAGGUGUGGACCGGAUGCACCACCUCAACGUCCCCAGUCAGCCCCAGUCUGGAGGUGUGGACCGGUUGCACCACCUCAACGUCUCCAGUCAGCCCCAGUCUGGAGGUGUGGACCGGAUGCACCACCUCAACGUCCCCAGUCAGCCCCAGUCUGGAGGUGUGGACCGGAUGCAACACCUCAACGUCCCCAGUCAGCCCCAGCCUGGAGGUGUGGACCGGAUGCAACACCUCAACGUCCCCAGUCAGCCCCAGUCUGGAGGUGUGGACCGGAUGCACCACCUCAACGUCCCCAGUCAGCCCCAGUCUGGAGGUGUGGACCGGAUGCACCACCUCAACGUCCCCAGUCAGCCCCAGUCUGGAGGUGUGGACCGGAUGCAACACCUCAACGUCCCCAGUCAGCCCCAGUCUGGAGGUGUGGACCGGAUGCACCACCUCAACGUCCCCAGUCAGCCCCAGCCUGGAGGUGUGGACCGGAUGCACCACCUCAACGUCCCCAGUCAGCCCCAGUCUGGAGGUGUGGACCGGAUGCACCACCUCAACGUCUCCAGUCAGCCCCAGUCUGGAGGUGUGGACCGGAUGCAACACCUCAACGUCCCCAGUCAGCCCCAGUCUGGAGGUGUGGACCGGAUGCACCACCUCAACGUCCCCAGUCAGCCCCAGUCUGGAGGUGUGGACCGGUUGCACCACCUCAACAUCCCCAGUCAGCCCCAGUCUGGAGGUGUGGACCGGUUGCACCACCUCAACAUCCCCAGUCAGCCCCAGUCUGGAGGUGUGGACCGGAUGCACCACCUCAACGUCCCCAGUCAGCCCCAGCCUGGAGGUGUGGACCGGAUGCACCACCUCAACGUCCCCAGUCAGCCCCAGUCUGGAGGUGUGGACCGGAUGCACCACCUCAACGUCUCCAGUCAGCCCCAGUCUGGAGGUGUGGACCGGAUGCACCACCUCAACGUCCCCAUAGACAUCAUGACUGCUUCCAGCACCCAGAGCCUUGCAUCUCCCUCCACCUGCAGUCACUUCCUGGUGGAGACAGAUAUAGAUGACGGGCUGCCUGACAGUAUGGAGGGGGUGGUAGAGGGGGCAGAGGGUCCUCCCCAGGAAGGAGUGUCGUUUGUUGGGUUGGCUGAGGGUCUGGAACUGCUGGAUCCGGAGGUUCUGAAACCCCCCACCCCGCCUCUGCACCGCUUCCCCUCCUGGGAGAGCCGUAUCUAUGCUGUGGCCAAGUCAGGGAUGACAGUAUCGGAGGCGACCACAGGAGCCAGAGGUCCUUGUCCAGGAAAAGCACAGUACCUUGCCGCAGGACCAUUCACUCACCUGAUUUACAAGAACAUCACUGUACCCGUGUAUACCACGCUGAAAGGGAAAGCCACUCAGAUCAGCAGUGUGCCCCUGCAUGAUGAUGACUCUGGUUCGGAGGAUGACAGUGGCUCUCUGGCCAGCCUCAGGACCUCCACCCUGGGCCCAGAAAGGAAGGGCAGCACCCCCGGGAGCCCCCGCGCCGUCAAGAGGGGUGUGUCCAUGUCAUCCAUUAGCUCUGAAAGUGACUACGCCAUCCCUCCUGACGCCUACUCCCUGGAAUCUGACUACUCUGAGCCAGAACACAAGGUCCAGAGAACAUCUUCAUACUCCUGCGAGAGCCUGCGAGAGCCUGAGAUGCUGGAGAAGUCAGGCUACCUGCUGAAGAUGGGCAGUCAGGUUAAAGCCUGGAAGAGACGUUGGUUCAUCCUGAGGAACGGAGAGAUCUUCUACUACAAGUCUCCGAGCGAUGUGAUACGGAAGCCUCAGGGUCAGAUGGAGCUGAACUCUUCCUGUCGCAUCGCCCGUGGAGAAGGAGCACAGACCUUCCAGUUAAUAACAGAGAAGAAGACAUUCUUCCUGACGGCUGACUCUCCCAACAUCUUGGAGGAGUGGAUCAGAGUUCUACAGAACAUCUUCAAGGUUCAAGCCAGCAGCCCCGUCGCCAUGGAGACCACCACCGCCAAACCCACCGUGAGGGGCUGGCUCACUAAGGUGAAACAUGGCCACUCUAAGCUGGUAUGGUGCUCUCUGGUCAGCAAGGUCUUCUAUUAUCACAGGAACCAGGAUGACAAGCUCCCCCUAGGCCAGCUGCGGAUGCGUGAGGCGGUGGUGGAGGAGGUGGACAGGUCAUGUGACUCUGACGAGGACUACGAGGCCGGUGGGCGUGGCUUCUUGUCAUCUCACUGUACCCUAAUGGUCCACCCCAGAGAGCAGAGCCCCACCUACCUGCUCAUAGGCACCAAGCAAGAGAAGGACACCUGGCUGUACCACCUGACAGUCGCGGCAGGCAGCAGUGCCAGCUUCAAGGUGGGCACAGAGUACGAGCAGCUGGUCGGGAACCUCCUAGACGUAGAGGGAGAUCCAGACUCUGCGUUGUGGAGGAGUGAGGUUCUAUGUUUCUGUAAAGAUGGCCUGCGCUCCCCUCUCACCACUCUACCAUCUGAAGCUCUGCAGACGGAAGCCCUCAAACUCUUCAAGUCCUGUCAGCUGUUCAUCAACGUACUGGUGGAGUCUCCCUCCAUUGACUACCACAUGUCCCUGGCCCAGAAUGCAUUGCAGGUGUGUCUGACGCACCCAGAGCUCCAGAACGAGAUGUACUGUCAGCUGAUUAAACAGACCAACCGCCGCACACCACACAACUCCUCCCUCACUCAGUGCUGGCAGCUGUUGGCUGUGUGUGUGGCUCUCUUUCUGCCUCAGCAACACUUCCUGUGGUACCUCAGACAGUAUCUGCAGCGUCAUGCAGACAUCAGGAGUGAGGUGGGGAAGUAUGCUGUGUACUGUCAGAGGUCUGUAGAGCGUACCCUGCAGAAUGGAGAGAGAGAGGCAAAACCAUCACGUAUGGAGGUCCUGUCUAUCCUGCUGAGGAACCCUUACCACCACUCACUACCCUUCAGCAUCCCUGUCCACUUUAUGAACAUCACCUACCAGGUGGUAGGCUUUGAUGGCUCCACCACAGUAGAAGAGUUCCUGAGCACCCUGACCCAGAGGGUGGGCAUGAGGAAACCACACUUGUCAGGCUUCGCUCUCUUCACUGACGACCCCUCAGGGAGAGACCUGGAGCACUGCCUGCAGCCCAGCGUCAAAAUCUGUGAUGUCAUCUCCAAGUGGGAACAGGCCCUGAAAGAACUGCAUCCUGGGAAAUACGAGGGCACACGCAUCGUCCGCCUGAUGUACAAGAGCAGGUUGUGUUUCCGGGCCCAGGCUAAAGGAGAGACAGAGCGUGAGCGCCUCCUGCUGACCUACCAGGUGAAUGACGAGGUCCACCAGGGACACUUCCCUGUCAACAAGGAGCUGGCUCUGGAGGUGGCUGCUCUCAUGGCACAGGUGGAGCACGGGGAUCUGGACCGUCCAGCCCCAUCCUCUGCUAGCUGCAGCUCUCCUCAGCCCAAAACCCAACAAAUCCUCCUACAGGCCCUGGGACGCUUCUACCCCAAGCACUACAAACAAGACUGCAGCAUGGACCAGCUCAGAGAUCUAUCAGAGCGUCUGGCCACUAAGUGGUCAGUCCUGCACGGCUGCAGUGCCUCAGAGUGUGUCAGAAUCUACCUGACCGUCGCUAGGAAGUGGCCGUUGUUCGGUGCCAAGCUCUUCCAUGCUAAGCCUUUACCCCCGUCGUCUGUAGAGCAGUCCCAGGUCUGGCUAGCUGUCAAUGAGGAUGGACUGUGUGUGCUUGACUAUACCAUGCACCUUCUGGUCACCUACUCCUACCAAUCAGUGAUCACCUUUGGCGGUUUCCGUGACGACCUGAUGGUGGUAGUGAGCCAGACCAAAGAACAAGGUGGAGGGAAGAAGAGUGUGGAAAAACUGGUCUUCGCAUUGCCCAAACCCAAGAUCUUGGAGUUGACUCUGUUGAUGGCCAGCUACAUUAACUACUGGACGCCCAGCCUCCCUGGCCCCCCUGUAGCCCAGCACCAGUCCCCAGGACCCGUCUCCCCUCUGGGGCCCUGCGGGGCCGGGACAGGGGCUGCAAAGAUGUGGAACUUGGACAGCAGACACUUCCCCUCCAUGACUUACACCACCAAGGGCCCCACUCUACUGUGAAUAUGUCAAACAACAACAGCAGCAACAAUCAACAGCCUUGCUCCAGUUUAUUUUCGGGACAAGACGGUUGUGUCCAGUAGGCUCCUUAAAGAAGAAAACAGACUAAAACAUGGAGAAUCUAUACGUGGACCUGGUCAAAUAAUAAAUGUUUGUUUUCCAUUUCAAAACAUUUUUGCAAUGGUGUUCCCUACUGGACAUGACCCAGGACUGAGAAACUACUACAGGCUGCUGUGGUAAAGAGGGCAUUGCUCCACAUAUGUUACUUCACUGAAAAUGGCUGUGGUUCUUCUAUGUUACCCUCAUCCUCUCUAGCCUGAAGUGGAUUCUGUUCCAUAUACACAGGACGUUUAAUUUCUGAAAGAAAAAAACAUUGAACCGUGAAGAAAUGGGAGAUGCAAGAUAUAAUCAUUUGUGGUUCACUUUAUAUGAAGAUGCCGCUCUUCAAAUGUUUGCGUUUUAGUCAGUGCUUAAUUUAGGAAAAAUAUGCUCAUGUUUGAGGACUAUUUGAAAAACAAUUGAGCCUUGAAAAAGGACCAAUACACACCCUACUUCUUGACCUUGGCUGUCUGGCCGUUAUACACACAGCCUCUACUCUUCCCUGCCACUCAUCUCUUCCAGAUACUCUGCAUCCCAAAUGGUUCCCUUUUCCCUAUAUAGUGCACUACUUUUGACUAGGGCCCAUGAGGAAUAGGGUGCCAUUUCACAUACCCUCUGUCUUUUUUAAAGGGAAAAAAAGCUGUUAAACAAGGAAAGACUGAAUUUAUUCUGGCUCUUUGGUACCUAAUAUGGAGCUAGGAAGAUUUACCUAUUCCUUAAAUGAUGGAGGCUUAAAGUGGCGUUAACCGGUUUCUGAGGGAAUCUAUUCGACUACAGAGCACUAGUUGUUGCUUUCUACCUUCUCCUGACUGGCUUCUGGAGACGCCGUCACGUUAGAAUGACGCUAUCUGACGGAAGACAAUGCAUUAAACUAGUACAAAAUACUUAUACUCUGACAUCAAAUUGUACUUGAUUUUUUCAUUAAGCAAUUGCACAAAAUGUCUGACUUAUAGAUCACAGCAGGCCAGGGCCUGAAAAGGAACAUCCCACUGGGUAAAAACUGGUUGAAUCAAUGUUUCCACUACAUUUGAACCCCAAAAAAUCUAUGUGAUGACAUUGAACUGCCAUGGAUAACGAAUUGGAUUUGGAGAAAGUCACCAACUUUUAAACUAAAUCUAAUGACAUGUUGAAUUUUUUUGUCGAUAACACGUUGAAUUCACGUUAGUUGACAACUCAACCAAAUGUCAAUCAAAAGUAGACGUUGAACUGAUGUCUGUGCUCCGUGGGAGGCAAGGCGCUAUGACUGAGGGUACUUAUGGUACUGAUAAUGGUAACAUUCUGACCAAGCAAUGUUUUAUAACAAUUUUGACCACGUACUUUUAUUGUGAAGUACAGAGUUACAAUCUUUUUUAAGCUGAUAGAGAAGAAUAGAGAUGGAAUACAAUGUGUCUGUCCGCUGUAUGAGGCUUAGUCUGAGAUAUAUCAACUCAUUUGGUGCCAUGUUCCUACUCAUCCACUACCUGCCUUGACAACCAAGGUUGGGAUCAAUUCCAUUUCCAUUCAGUUACACUGAAAUUCCAAUGUAAAUUCCAAAUCCAGUUUUCCACAUUGCCUUUCAAUUAGAGAAUUUGAAAUGGGAAUUUCAGUUUACUUAUAGAAUUGACUGAAUUGAAAUGGAAUUGACCUCCAGCCUUUUUGACAACACAGUGGAAGGUACUGUUAAUUCCUUUAAAUGGAGAGGUCCAGCCACAUAAGAGUGGACUGGUAAGAUUAGAGCUAUUCAAAUGUUAUUAGUGACUUGAAUUGUUUUGGAUGAAACCACUGUCUUGGUCAUUUCCGUGUUAUUUAUUUAAUUUCCUGGUAUUUUGUGGCUUUUUUGUAUGCUGAAAAUUGUUUGGCAGAACUGUUAAAUGUUGAACUGAAACGUUCAAAAUGGCCUUGACUUUGUUUGUCUCAAGUAGCUGAAUAAUUGAACUUGACAGUUUUACGCUGUAUGAAUGCUGUAUGAAUGCUGUAUGAAUGCUGUAUGAAUGCUGUAUGAAAGCUGUAUGCAAGCUGUAUGAAUGCUGUAUGAAUGCUGUAUGAAUGCUGUAUGAAAGCUGUAUGAAUGCUGUAUGAAUGCUGUAUGAAAGCUGUAUGCAAGCUGUAUGAAUGCUGUAUGAAAGCUGUAUGAAUGCUGUAUGAAAGCUGUAUGAAUGCUGUAUGAAACCUGUAUGAAAGCUGUUUGAAUGCUGUAUGAAUUGUGAAACGGGGAUGUUAGCUCAAUGAAACAGAUUAGAGAUGAUAUGCUUAGCUGUUAUGAAGUGUUGUGUUUAAAAUGAAAUAAAAAA